AUGCCAAACGGUACGCUUGAAGUUAUUGUCGCUGCUGGACGAAAAUUAAAGGAUCAAGAUACAAUCGGCAAAAAUGAUGCCUACGUCGAAGUGUAUUUAGAUAAAAAGUACAAACAACGUACGAAGACGAUCCCGAACUCGAAUGAUCCAGUCUGGAAUGAACGAUUGACUUUUAAUGUUCACGAUGGCGAUGAUACCAUUCAUUUCGCUGUUUAUGAUCAAGAUGUUGGCGAUAGAGAUUCUAUUGGUGAUUGUAAAGUCAAGUUGAAACACGUUUUUGAUGAUGGAAAGUUUGAUGAAUGGGUCAAGUUACCAGCACACCUUGGUUUAUCAUCGCAUGGAGAAAUUCAUGUGAUUAUGAAUUUCAGACCAUCAUAA